CAAGAUAAUAAAUUGACCACUAAAAAUUUGGCUCAAAAAAUUAAAUUAAGUGUAGCAGAAACCGAAGAUAUCCUCUAUUAUCGCAUUGACCAUUUUACUCUGGAUCGAUUAAUGGAUUAUGCAGGCAAGUUCAAAUUUCUUCGUGAACAAAAAAUAGGAAAAGAAAUAGUUUGGAUAUAUUCUUGCGGCUUAGUAUUUAACAAAAAAAAGAUAACUCAUCUCACGAUUACUGACCAUUUUCAAGCUGGGCAUAGUGAUGUGAUUACCAAAAAACUAAUUUGUGGUUUGGUUAGAAGACUACAUUGCAAAAGGAUGGAGCCAGAACCAAAGAAAAAACCUAUCGACCGCGAUGUCUUUGUUCGAGAAAGAAUGACUUAUGGUGGUAAAAAAUAUAGACUAAUAUUCUGA